GCGCGCCGGCCCGGGCUUCACUCGCCUCCUCGCGCCGGGACCUGGAGCGCUGCGGGCAGCACAAGCGGUGGAGAGGGCGCUGCGCUCGGGCUACCCAAUGCGUGGACUAUCUGUCGCCGCUGCUCGUGCAAUAUGCUGGAGCUCCAGAACAGCUAAACGGAGUCGCCACACCGCUGUCUGGGCUGGAUCGCCGCGCUGCCUUUCCUUAUGAAGAAGACACAAACUUGGAUUAUCACUUGCAUUUAUCUUCAACUGCUCCUAUUUAAUCUUCUCGUCAAAACAAAAGGGAUCUGCGAGAACCGUGUUACUGAUGAUGUGAAAGACAUUAGGAAAUUGGUGGCAAAUCUUCCAAAGGACUAUAUGAUAUCCCUCAAAUAUGUCCCCGGGAUGGAGGUAUUGCCUAGUCAUUGUUGGAUAAGCCAGAUGGUCGUAGAAUUGUCAGUCAGCUUGACUGAGCUUCUGGAAAAGUUUUCAAAUAUUUCUGAAGGCUUGAGUAAUUAUUCUAUCAUAGACAAACUUGUGAAAAUAGUGGAUGACCUUGUGGAAUGCAUGGAAAAACCCUCAUUUAAGAAUGUAAAAAAAUCAUCUAAGAGUCCAGUUCCCAGAAAGUUUACUCCUGAAGACUUCUUCGCAAUUUUUAAUAAAUCCAUCGAUGCCUUCAAGGACUUGGAUAUGGUGGCAUCUAAAACUAGUGAAUGUGUGUUCUCUUCAACAUUAAGUCCUGAAAAAGAUUCCAGAGUCAGUGUCACAAAACCAUUUAUGUUACCCCCCGUUGCAGCCAGCUCCCUUAGGAAUGACAGCAGUAGCAGUAAUAGGAAGGCCUCGAAUCCCAUUGGAGACUCCAACCUACAAUGGGCAGCCAUGGCUUUGCCUGCAUUCUUUUCUCUUGUCGUUGGGUUUGCUUUUGGAGCCUUAUACUGGAAGAAGAAACAACCAAAUCUGACAAGGGCCGUUGAAAAUAUACAGAUUAAUGAAGAGGAUAAUGAGAUAAGUAUGUUGCAAGAAAAAGAGAGAGAGUUUCAAGAAGUGUAAUUGUGGCUUUUAUCAACACUGUUACUUUCAUACAUUGG